AUGACUCAUGGGCACCCGGCUAUCGCAAAGCUUGACACCACCGAACAUUUGGGUGGACUCGCUCUCAUUGCCCCCUGGACCUCACUCGACUAUCAGGCCCAGGAGAAUUUGGUCUGCAGAGGCGAUAUUCUCACCCCAUAUGUUGCUGGCCCAUGGUCUCGUGCGUAUUUGUGGUAUUCAAAGAGGGAUUAUUACACUGAUCCAUCUACUGCGCCCUUUACCUGGUUUCGGGAUUUCCCAGUGAAACAAGUUUUAAUUCUAGCUGGACAAAACGAAAUCAUGCUUCCUGAUAUCAAGGAUUUUGUGGCAAACUUUAAGGCCGGCUCUCCUCAAGUGGAAUUUUUCAUAGGGAAGCGGGAAGCCCACGUCGCACUUCUAUAUAAUUUAUAUAUUGGGGACAAUGUGGAAACAGGGCAGGGUAAGAAACUUAUCAAAUGGCUCGAGGGAGUUCUAAAGGGGGACCCAUAG